CCCCGGUCUAGCCGCUGCAGGAUCCUCGUUCGUCAUUCUCUCAGUUACAGUCAUGGCCGCCUUGACGCCGCUGUCUCCCGAAGACGUGCUGCCAUCCAAGGGAAGCGCCGGCAAAACGGAGGAGCUGGAAGUGGAUACAGAGGAGGACGAAGAUGAGCUGGAUGAGACCCUGGCAGAGAGACUUUGGGGUCUCACGGAGAUGUUUCCAGACAGCCUUCGAUCGGCAGCUGGAGCUACCUUCGACGUAUCCCUUUCUGUAGCUCAGAAAAUGUACAGAUUCUCAAGGGCAGCUUUAUGGAUUGGGACCACUUCUUUCAUGAUCCUAGUUCUUCCUGUUGUUUUUGAAACUGAGAAACUGCAAAUGGAGCAGCAGCAGCAGCUGCAACAACGACAGAUUUUAUUAGGACCAAAUACAGGGCUUUCUGGAGGAAUGUCAAGUGCUCUGCCUUCUCUUCCUGGCAAGAUUUAAUCAAAUCACUGGAGCCAUAUUAUUAUGGAAGGAAAUACUGAAAUUGUUUAUUAGGCAAGAGUUUUUUUUCUUUUCUUGGACAUCUGUUCAUGAUGGAGGCAUACCCCAAUAUGUAUUUUAUGACAUUGACCUCUUCUUUAAUCCUUAGGCAAUCAUGAUUUUUUUUAUUCCUUCCCUCAGUUGAUAAUCAAAGCAAUUAACAAGGACUUUGGAAGCUUUUAUUUUGGUAUCCUUAUUUCCAGGAAACCGCCUCAGGACAUGCCAGAUUCUGGCCAAAUUUAGUUAGCAAUGUUUGUCUAUAUAAGUCCUGUGUUUCUCUCCUGAUAUACUGAAGAUGGAUUUUAGAGUAGAAACAGCAAAAACAAGCAUACAUGCUACAGAUACAAUGGAACAAUCUGGUGCAUACUAAAUUUCACUGAGUGAGCUUCUUUUGAGUUAGAUGUUGUUUCAAUGCUGAGGGAACCUUAGAUGAGUCAUUUUCACCAAUUUUGCCACAUCUAUUGAUACUGAAGUCCGCUACAGCCCUUUUGUAUUAAAUAGUUUGAGUGCAAUCAUGGAA